CGAUCCAAACUAACUAGAUCACCACAACAUGUGUUCUAGAAUGUGUUACAUCGGGGUGCCCGUGAACUUCGAGGGUCUUCUGGCCAAGCACGACAGUCUGAACGCGCAAGUUGUGCGCCGAGUGAACGACACGCAACAGCUGAUCAUGCUGAACGCAUUCUCACAUGAAUGUAAUGAACAUGAGAUCAGAAAAUGUAUUCAGAAUAGGUUGGCUGAAGUGGCAUGUUGGAAAUGGGUGCUGCAAGAUUUAUCUAAACGUCUGGAGGAAGCUACAGCAGCUCUACUACAUGAACAUAAAGCCCUCAAUGCAAUAAUCGGAAGGUUGGAAUUUGAAAUCAGUGACUUCUCCAACAAGGCUACCAAACCUGGAGCGUUGAUUCCCCAUGUCGAUGUAGUUGAGACCGCUAUAUUAGAGGAACGAGAUUAUUUACGCGGCCAGAAGAAGAUGUUUAAAAAGAUGAUUGUAUCUCUAGAACUACAAAUAAGUGCCGUCGACAGAACUAGAAGACUCCUAAAUAACGAUGUCAUGAGGAAGGAAAAAUCGAUGACGUUGGAUGAGAAAUGUUUGUGUCUGGAAACCCCCACAGUCGACACUGGUUGUGAGUGUACGAAAACUAGAAAGAGGUCAACACCAGUCAUAAAUUGGCAAGAGCGAUGUCAGCGACUUAAAAAUGCAGGUCUGAAAGCACUGAAUCUAGCUAUGGCGGCACGACAGCAGAUACGUGGCGCGCGGCAGCAGCUGUCGACGGCCGCGGAUGCGCACGCGCGCGCGGUGGACGCGGCGCUGCGCCGGCGCCUGCACAACAACGCCGCCAAGCUGCAAGAGCUGAUGUGGCAGCAGAAUGAGAUGGCCAAGGACCGGGAUAAUCUGAAACAAGAACUGAUAACAGCGGAAAUGAAUUUAACUCUGAACUUGAAGCACAUAGCCGCUAUAGAGGCAAAGAUUGGCGAUCGACAGCGAAGGCCCUCCAAGGAACGUACCAAAGACGACAUCACCAUCAGAUUGAAAGCCGAACUUGGGAGAGUGAGGAAAUUCUCUAAUGAAAUGAGAGUUAACAUCAAACAUAUUCACGGUUUGCAAGCGAAACUUCUGUCAGCCAACACCAAAGUAGAGGAUCUCAUAUACGACCUUAAAACUGUAAUUUCAUUGGACGAAGGCAGAAUUGCAGCUCGACAGAACACCGAGUCGACCAAUCCCAGCGUAGCACAGUCUGUGGCGUCACAGCAGUUACAGGGAGUGAAAUCCAGCGGCGGCGAUAAUUUACAUCUUCAGACCAUUGUAGAAGCGAAUGAGGAUAAUACUGAGGAAGAUGGCUGCAGUGACUAUCCAUUUGACUACUGAUCAGCUGAUGCCUACGUUAUCAAGGAACGU